AUUUACAUAACUUUGCUCGCCAUGAAAUUUGAGCACGUAAAAAGAUAUAUGCACAGUAAGGAUGACAAGACUGGUCUUGCAUUUUCAUGACCUCUAGAUUGAAAAAUAACAAGGCCCGAUCAAAUGCACGAAGCAGAUGGGAGCAUCUGUUUGAUCCGGAUCAGCGCUAGUGUGUUGUUUUUUUUUCUCUGGCUGGAAACCUCCCGUCUAACAACACUCUCUGAUAUAAAGUUUAAAAAAAAACCUUAACUAAGCCGUUAACGAGUUCAGUUUCUCAGUGUCAACCAUGUUGAAGGAAAGGGUAGAAGCACCCCAACGCUUUCACCGACAAACUUGUGUACAACUAACCGAAGUCCAUCCGAAAUCCAAUACAUCCGCAAUGAAGAAACGCUGGACCGAAUUCAUCAGAGUAUCCACUUGCGCUGCUGUGGCUCGUCUUGGUGAUAAAUCGGCUCCAACAUUCGUCAAAGUUAUUUGGAAAUUCACGUUCAUUAUUGGGAUUGUCCUUACGACCGUCUCUACUUACUUCUCGACUUUAUCUUUCGUGGACAUGGCCGGCAACAGCGAAAUGUUAUUGCAAUCGAAUACAGCUAACUGGUUCGAACAUCCCAAAUAUCACAUCUGCACUUCCAGCACAUUCAACCUCACGAUCCUAGCAGAAAUGGGAUUUGUGGAUACCGAAAUGGUUUCGUAUCUGACCCUUUCGACAUCAUUCUUUGUCGUUUCACCUGUUCUUCUUCAGGAUGAACAAAGACAACGUCAGUUAGAAUCCAAAUUCAACGACAUACUCGAUCGAAAUAACAUCAGCGACUUUAACGAGAUCAUUCAGCGGGCCCUGCUCAAAUGCGAAGAUAUCAUUGCUGGUUGUAUUUCACCGGGCAUUUACGCGAACAGCGUCGAUUGUUGUUCCAAGUUUUUCCCGUCAGGCAGUUUUAUUUCAACGAGUGGUGCUUGCGUCACUACUCUCCACGCCCCGCCGUUGAUCCAACACAUUCCUUCCAUGACGUUCGGCUUUGUCGUCUUGGUUAGAGAUGUUCUGGAUUCACGGGAACUGGACAACUCGAUUGUGAAUCCGAUAAUGGCUAAUCAAAGGGGAAUCACAUUUUCAGCUAGUGACAAGUGGACAGAUCCAACAGUGGCUUUGCUCGCGGAGAAACAUCUGAGCCGCUUUGGCCUCUGGACUUCACUGGCCGUUUCCAAGACGAUUAUCAAUGACGAGGAAGUAGCUCGAUCAAUCUUGGCCAGAAAGGUCUGUGCCAUUCGGGACAAACUGGAUGGUUACCUCCAUUUAGUGCCCGGCUUCAGCAAGUAUACGGAAUCGAAUUGCAAGUAUGCGUUCCGUCAAAAGCUCGUCACGCAAACCGUCAGUUGUUACUUAGUGAAUUUACCCUACGCAGGAGACUUACCACCAUGUCGACCGCAGCAAUUGUUGGAGUUUGCGCGGAUGAUGAAACUCUGGUUUUUAGAUCCGAGAGAAAAUUUUAGAAAUCAAUCAUCGUACAACACGCUUUGCAAACUAGAUCACUUUGACGAAUGCGUCAGCGAAUGUUGGAAAGAAAAAUACCAGUUCUCAGCCAGCUAUGCUGAUUUGCAUUUUGGCUCUCAUUCGCUGUUCGGUAACUGGUCCAUCUCAUCUAAUCAAAGCAAACAUUUGGCGGCGCUUAAUUUUUAUUAUCCGACUUCCACGCAAACUUUACUCGUAAAUCAUUAUCCGACUAUCAACCAAUGGCUCGGAAUUUUGGGUGGGAACCUGGGUCUGUUUCUCGGAGCAAGUAUGGUGACUCUGGUCGAAGCGUUUGUCUUCUGUUUCAGCUGGUGUCGGUGGUCUCGAUCGAAUCGCCAAUCAAUUUCGGGAGACCGUCAAAUUAAAAUUGCUAAAAAAGGGAAGAAAUCUUUGGAAGAGAGUCAGCGCUUUGGUCGGCGCAAAUGGAUUAGAUUUAGUUUUCUUCUUCCCAUCCAAAAAAAAAUCUAAUUAGAUGUCAUGCCCCCAUUUCCAUUAUUUAUUUUAAUUCCCUAGGACUACGUUCUUUAAGCUAGAUAGACAUCAGUUCUUAUUUAAUGGUUGUAUCUUAAAUUCUAGUACGUGUUCCAGUCAUGCGUGUCCACAAUGUUACAUGUAGUUAAAGCUAGACUUUAGGCAACAGGGUCUUUUUUCAGGGACAUGGGGAAUUCGUUUAGUUUCACAAACGCUAAUUCAGUGAGCUGUUGGUCCAGCUGACAGCUGCCAAAAGAUUCCAUUUAGGUGGAAGAAAUGUAAUUAAAUUUCCAUCUGUGGUUAUAUAUGUUUAGCUAAAGCAAACGUGUAGCAUAUUAGACGUUAUUUUAAUUGCCUAUUUUCACAAGUGUUUGUUAAAAGGACACGAUUAAUGCAAAUAGAACGAAACAAGUGCGUGUUAGCUACGAAAGCCAAUCAGUACGUGCAAAAGCAAGCAGAACAUGAUUACCAAAAUCUGGUACGUCAUUGCUAAGUUGGAUCGAUUGGUAUAAAAAAAGCGACCUUUGCAGUUUAGAAGCACUAAUCGCCGUCUGU